CAUUCAAGACCUGUUCCCCUACGAGAUACUGAGCAUGAGCGGCAAGAAGUUGAAGGAUAUAACCAUGCAGGUAGCAGGAGAGGACGACGGUAAACUGACAACUUCGACAAGUUUGUACAAAAUUACAGCCUGUACACGAUUUCCACCACAAUGACCACGACUCACAACAUGGGAAGGCUGAUGACAGUGAAUGAACUAAAGCAGAAACAAACUAAUGGGCCAUGGAAUUGGGACAAAUACUUCGAAGCCUUCCAACCCCUUCAGCUGGACUAUCUACAAGACGACAGCAUGGUCAGGCUGGCACAUCCGAAAUAUCUACUCGGCCUUGAUGCGUACCUUGAAACUUGGGUGCGAACGGACCCAAACUUCUUCGUCAUUCUCAACAUUUACAUGCAAAUUAUGGCGACCAUCACUAUUAAAGGUCACCUGCCAAUAAAGGAGUUUGCUGCAUCCGGCAAGAUUGCUGCAUGCGUCAUGUUGGGCGCGCGUCUAUUCCCCGCUGCGAUGGACCACCUGAUCUACUACCAACGACUCAAGCAGUUUGGAGCCGCCAAUGGUAUCAACCCGGGGGGCGCCAAUGAUCUUGCGACGACGAAGUUUCUGCGCAGUCAAGUACAAGGGAUGCUCGACUCCUUCACGUUCUCUUACUCCUUGUCCCAGAGCGUGACCGAAGAAAAUAGGGUUCACGUCUACCGCAGGGUUUCCCGUCUGAUGUUGUCGCCAGGGUUCCUGAACGACACCGACGGCAAGUUAACAGACACUGCUAUAAAAGAAUUGGCCGUAAAUGUUCCAGUGGGAGACGAGCCUGCGGUGGCGGACCUCCUCGAUACAUCUAGGCAAACAUUUCCUGCUCUCUACUGGAAAAAGAACAGUUCAUACCAAAUGUUCAGGAACCAGUACAGCCCCUUGUACGCCACCUACACACCGAGUAUAAACCACCUGUACGUGCCCAUGGGUGUGUUCACCAAGCCAGUCUUCCGCAACAGCCAAAAGAACCGCAUAUUUACUGCAGCCGCCGGCUACCUGGUGAUCAGCGGGUUCAUGAAGGCCUUGACAAUGAGCGGAGCCAUGGUCUCUGACGGCAUAUUGAUGCCUGAGAACUGGGUCGGCUACUCGUGGUCGAGGAAGAUGGAGAGGUACGCCACCUGCUUGAUGGCAGACCGAAAGAAAAACGACACGAUGGAAUCACUCAUGGACCUACAUCUCCUCGCAUCUGUGGUGCCAGCAUACAGAUACUACAAGCGCAUGGUCCUCGAAAAGGCAUUCCCACGUCCUGAGUUCCGUAUAGACUGGGUCAGCGACCUCAGCUCCACGCAGCUCUUCUUCUACAACUGGGCCUUGUUGCACUGCGGCACUGAUAUGGGCAAAGAAUUGAUUGACCUCACCGCCAAGAACAACCCUUACUUCCACACAUCAUUCAAGUGCGAAAAAGGAGCCCCGAUGUACAAAGCCAAACCAUGCAUCCUCUGGAACACCACUAGGAUGAACUACUGAGCUGCUGAAAAAUAAAGCUUGUUUUUUGUUUGUUUUCU